AAUGCUAUUCAAUACUUGCUGUUCAGUCACUACCGCGUGGCUAUUUACAAACACUCGCUUCCCUUAGAGUCCGAUGUCAAAGACAAUAUCAGUAUUUUUUCAAACGCCGCACCAAAUGGAAUUGUUUAUAUUGCUCUUAGGACUAGGCCUAGCCUCGGCCGAGUACAGCUUGGACUACGGGCACAUAGAAGCUUUCUUAAAAGAAAGAAAAUCAGCACAGAAGAUGAAAAAUGGACCACUUUUUCAUAUAUCAUCUCCAGUUGGCUGGCUUCGGGAUCCGGCAGGGUUCAUUUAUUUCAAAAACCAAUAUCAUAUCUUCUUCGAAUAUCAUCCUAACAACGGCGCGUGGGGGGCUGUGAACUGGGGCCAUGUGGUCAGUUCUAACCUGGUCGAUUGGGCGCAUUACCCUCCAGCUCUCGUGCCGAAAGACUACUAUGAGAAACAAGGAUGCCUCGCCGGGAGCGCCAUCAUUCACGAUCGCUAUCUCACUCUAUUCUACACUGGCUACGCGCUGAGGAACUCCAAAAGCUGGCAGACUCAAAACGUUGCUAUCAGCACAGAUGGAAUCAUCUUUCAGAAAUACCUUUACAACCCGGUUAUAAGGGAAGACUUGCAUGGCGUCGGCAACUUCAGGAACCCUAAGGUGUGGAGGCAUAAAAACAACACCUACAUGAUGCUUGGGACUGCAUCUAGAGAACAACUCGGCAGGCUAGAACUUUACACUUCCGUGGACAUGAACGUGUGGACCUUCAAUAAGACCUUAGCGGAGUCCUACGGAGACAUGGGUUUUAUGUGGGAGAACCCCGACAUGGUCGAGAUGGACGGUAUGGAUGUUCUGAUUUUAUCCGUUCAAGGUAUCCAGGCGGACUGCUUUAGAUUCAAAAACAUGUAUCAGACUGGCUAUAUUGUCGGGCACUUCGAUUAUGACAAACUGGCUUUUGAGAACAUGGAAUUAUCUACAGCGACUUUUAACGAACUAGACCAUGGUCAUGACUUCUAUGGGGUGAAGACUACAAUAGCUCCCGAUGGGAGGAGGCUUUUAAUAGCUGGAUUAGGGAUGUCGAGCUUAGCAGACUCCCGGCACGGCUGGGCGAACAUGCUCACCCUAGUGCGGGAGAUACAGCUGAACAAAAAGGGGGAAAUCCUCAUGACGCCCGUCAAAGAAGUCAAGCAGCUUCGCAGAGAAAUCCUCGAGCGCGCUUGGUAUUCUCCUGGGGGCGCCUUCACGUCCGACACUAAAUAUUUCGAGCUGAUUUUAAAUACUACAACUGCCACUAGAGAUGUAAGUAUCAGCUUUGAAUGGGGUGAUGGCAGUCAAUUCAAAGUCGGGUAUUCAUCUGAACAUCGAUAUGUAACUGUUGAUCGAGGGAGAGAGGAUGGAGUGAGGCGCGCGGACUGGUCUCCCAGAGGUAUCAUCUAUUGGCGUAUAUUUAUGGAUUAUUGCGCUGUGGAGGUAUAUUGUGGGAACGGUGAAGUGGUAUUCACAAGCAGGAUACCUCUACCGCGAGGUCGUGUGGUCAUUAAAGUGGGCGGAGAAACGAUGGUCCACAUCACGCAAUAUAAGCUCAGGCGGGGUGUUGGUUACAGUAGAAUUUCGAGCAAGAAAAUUAAAUAUGAAUAUCGGAAGAAAGUUGAGAAGAAAGCGAAGACGAAGGCUAACAUAGCCAGUUCUGAAGAUGAGUGAAUUAGCAAAUACGGAUUGUUAUGUUCGUCCGCGCUUGAUAUGCAAUUUUUGACUAUUGUGAUGAGAGCAUGAACAUUUUAAACAGUGUCGUCUCUUAAAGGGUAUGUGUGUAACCGGCAAAGACUUAACCUUGGUCCGGUUUUGUAAACUACAAGUCACAAUUUUAAAAGUGUAAUUGUAAUUAUGCAUGAGUUUUUAGUUUUUUA